UGCAUGCAUACUUCAAAACUUAAAACCAAAGCUCUUCAAAAUGGCAUCUCAUGAUCUUCUUCUUCCCAUUUUUCUCAUUUCAUUACCCUUAAUUUUCAUCUUCUUUUCACUCUUUCUCAAAUGGAACCCACACGGGAUUCCUUGGAAUUGGCCUGUUUUAGGAAUGAUUCCAACUGUAAUUCAUAACAUCUACCGAGUCCACGAUCGUAUAACCGAAAUCUUACAACAAACUUCUUGCACUUUCUACUUCAAUGGCAUUUGGUUCACCAACACUGGCUUCUUAAUGACCGUUGAUCCUUCCAACAUUCACCACAUUAUGAGCACAAAUUUCCAAAAUUACCCAAAAGGCCCUGAAUUCAAGUACAUUUUCGAUGUUUUAGGAGAUGGAAUUUUCAAUUCCGACUCGGAUUCAUGGAAAAGCCAAAGGAAAAUUGCUCAGUCUUUGAUUGUUCAUGAGAAGUUUCUUGAGUUUAUGGCUAGAGCUGCUAAGGAGAAAGUGGAGAAAGGGUUGGUGCCAAUUCUUGAGUAUUUUUGUGAAAGUAAAAAAGUGGUUGAUUUGAAAGAUUUGUUUUUGAGAUUGGCUUUUGAUUCAACUUGCAUGAUGGUAACUGGGUUUCAUCUCAAUAGUUUGUGUAUUGAGUUUCCUGAAAUUCCAUUCUCCAAAGCCAUGGAUGAUGUUCAAGAAGUGCUUUUUCUUCGCCAUUUGUAUCCUAAGUUUUACUGGGAAUUGCUUAAGAAACUUGGGAUUGGUGAGGGUAAGAGGAUGAAGAAGGCUUGUGAUAUUAUUGAUGAAGUUAUUGCCAACUUGAUGGCUGUGAAAAGAGAGCGUUUACAACGAGAUCGAGAGGUGAAAGAAGAUCAACAAGAUCAUGGUGCUGAUUUGAUCACAUGGUAUAUGGUGAAUGAACACGACGAGAUCGACUGCAAUGACAAGUUCUUGAGAGACACAGUCUUAAAUUUCAUGAUUGCUGGUCGUGAUGCACUCAGCGUAACUCUCUCCUGGUUUUUCUUCGUUCUCUCAAAAAAUCCUGCCAUAGUAGCAAAGAUCCGAGAAGAGCUGAAAGACAUAACAACAAUCCAACAGAAAGAACAAGAACAACAACAAAAACCAAGAGUAUUCACCAUCGAAGAGCUCAACAACUUGGUUUACUUGCAUGGAGCCUUAUGUGAAACCCUUCGUCUCUAUCCACCGAUUGCAUUCGAGCACAAAUCUCCGGUAGUAGCCGAGACACUCCCAAGCGGCCACCACGUGAGACCUGGGACGAGGAUACUCUUCUCGUUAUAUGCAUUGGGAAGAAUGAGGUCUGUUUGGGGAGAAGAUUGUGAAGAAUUCAAACCGGAGAGAUGGAUUUCGGAUAAAGGGACGAUCAAGAGAGAGCCAUCUUAUAAGUUCUUCAGUUUCAAUGCCGGGCCAAGGACUUGCCUAGGGAAAGGAGUGGCAUUUUCACAAUUGAAGAUUGUUUCAGCUGCCAUUGUUCAUAACUAUGACAUUGAAGCUGUUGAUGAAGAUAUUAACAACGUUGUUGUUCCAGCUGCUUCUGUCAUACUUCACAUGAAAAGUGGAUUUAGGGUUAAGGUUUCUAAGAGAUAAAUAAUAAAAUGAAAGGUUUCGGUAUAUAUAUAUAUAUAUACAUAAUGUGCAUAUAUAUAUGUUUUAUUGGUAAUCUUAAUUAAUAAUGUGUGCAUGAGUUUGUGUGUAA